CCCAACCCCUCCUCUCAAUUAAAGGCUCUGGGCGCUGCGUCUCCCGGCCGUGGCUCUUCCAGGAUGGCUGCCCUAGUUGUAAACAAGCCGGGAGCCGGGCUGGACAGUGGGCGGCAGGGCAGCCGGGGGACGGCUGUGGUGAAGGUUCUGGAGUGUGGAGUUUGUGAAGAUGUCUUUUCUUUGCAAGGAGACAAAGUUCCUCGCCUUCUUCUUUGUGGCCACACAGUCUGUCAUGACUGUCUCACUCGCCUGCCUCUUCAUGGGAGAGCAAUACGUUGCCCAUUUGAUCGACAAGUAACAGACCUAGGAGAUUCUGGUGUCUGGGGAUUGAAAAAGAAUUUUGCUUUGCUGGAACUUUUAGAACGAUUGCAAAAUGGACAUAUUGGUCAGUAUGGAGCUGCAGAAGAAGCCAUUGGGAUAUCUGGAGAGAGUAUCAUUCGCUGUGAUGAAGAUGAAGCUCACGUUGCAUCUGUAUAUUGCACUGUGUGUGCAACUCACUUGUGCUCAGAGUGCUCUCAAGUUACUCACUCUACAAAGACAUUAGCAAAGCAUAGGCGAGUUCCUCUAGCUGAUAAACCUCAUGAGAAAACCAUGUGCUCUCAGCACCAGGUGCAUGCCAUUGAAUUUGUUUGCUUGGAAGAAGGUUGUCAAACUAGCCCGCUCAUGUGCUGUGUCUGCAAAGAAUAUGGAAAACACCAAGGUCACAAGCAUUCAGUACUGGAACCAGAAGCUAACCAGAUCCGAGCGUCAAUUUUAGAUAUGGCUCACUGCAUACGGACCUUCACUGAAGAAAUCUCAGAUUAUUCCAGAAAAUUAGUUGGAAUUGUUCAGCACAUUGAAGGAGGAGAACAGAUCGUGGAAGAUGGAAUUGGAAUGGCUCACACAGAACAUGUACCAGGUACUGCAGAGAAUGCCCGAUCAUGUGUCCGAGCUUAUUUUUCUGAUUUACAUGAAACUCUUUGUCGUCAAGAAGAAAUGGCUCUAAGUGUUGUUGAUGCUCAUGUUCGUGAAAAACUGAUUUGGCUCAGGCAGCAACAAGAAGAUAUGACUAUUUUGUUGUCCCAGGUUUCAACAGCCUGUCUUCAUUGUGAAAAGACUUUGCAGCAGGUAGGUAGUUAAAAUGUGGUUGAGUCAUGACUGUAAUGUUAAGUAUGUAAUUAUUAGAGAUACACACUAUUCUGAUGUGUUAAUUUAGUGAGUAUUUGGGUUCUGCUGCCUGUAUUAAUGUUAUUCCUAGGACAUGGUCUCUAACUUCAAAUUGUUCCACCAACCGUAUUAGUAUCCUGUUGUUCAUAUGCUUUUCCUGUCAAAGCUAUGGAUUCUGGGACCCCCUCAAAUGUUUAAGUCAUGUCAAGACCAUUUGCCUUUCUUUGCUAAAAAAUUACUAUUUUUUCCUAUGUGGAGUGCCUUUCUCUUUUCUGUCAGUGGAAAUCUUCCUUCCUCAAGAUCUAAUGUAAAUGCUCUCUUUGAGGCUUUGUUACCCAUUUUGGAGAUGAUUUUUAUUUUAAGUUCAUUUAUUUUUAAGUGCUGAGU